AUGGAUUCUACAAAUUCUUCAUUUCAAAUUUCAAUGGACAGCUCUUUUGGGAGUGUGAAUAUUCCUGGCAUCGACAUUAACGAACAAAUUGAAAAAAUCCUACCGACUAAAGGCUGUGCAAGUGAUGAUCGCCUUAGUUUGCUAGAGGACAUUAUUCGAAUUUAUUUGAAACAUCACACGAGUUUGGAAUGUCUGACGGAUUGGGUUAAGUUGUUGAACACUCGACUUGACGAUUAUGAGAAACUGCCACCGGGAAAAGUUCAACUCAUGGAACUGUUUUGGCGAAAUCACCCGAACUUGGCGAACGUGACAUUUUUUGUGAAAUGUGAUAAGUGUAAUAAGAGUACAAAAGUUCAGGCUGAUCAAAAGCAAGGGUUGAAGUGUCACCAUUGUCAUAAACUUUUGAAGACAAACGAAACCAACUUUUUCGUGAUAUUAUCAGUGAAAGAACAAAUUGUGAAAAGCAUUGAGGAUAAUUGGACCGAAAUUUGUGAAUAUGAUCAAAGUUGUGAUACUGAGGACUCAAAAUGUUAUAGAGAUGCACGCGAUGGAUCUAUUUUGAAAGAGAUUUUACAACAGUACGAAUCGUCGGAUAUAAAUGUGCUGUCCUUGUGUCUCAACGUUGAUGGGGCAAACAAAUUCAGAUCGAAUUCGUUUUCCGUUUGGCCAAUACAGUUAAUGCAAAAUUUUUUACCACCGCAUUGCCGAUUUUUGCCGAAAAACAUAAUCUUAAGUGGACUGUACUACCACAAAAGCAAGGAAAACGAACAGUUGACUUUCCAUGAAUACCUACGUCCUCUGGUCGACGAGUUGAAUCAUCUGAAGGAAAAUCCGAUUUCAAUGAACAUGGACAAUCGAAGUUAUAAAUUCAAGCCAGUCAUCACGCACUGCUCCGUUGAUCUGCCAGCCAGAAGCAAGCUCCAGGAAAUGAAACAAUUUGGAGGAUACGAUGCUUGUCCGUAUUGCGAAAUAAAAGGCGAAAAAGUUAUUAUCACGAAACCAAAGUUGAGCGCGAAAAAAUCGUCUAGUACAGAAAUACCAACGAAACCCAAAUAUUUCGUACGAUACACGGAAACUGAUGGCUCCUUCAACUUGAGAAGCGAGAUUGACACAUUACAGAAAAUGUUGAUUGCUUCGGGUUCAGGAAUAGGCAACAAAGUAUCCAUCGGUGGAAUAAAAGACGUGUCACCUCUGGUUGGCCUGGAACAUUUUAACAUAAUUUGGAGCAUGUCCGUAGAAUAUAUGCAUCUGUGCCUGCUCGGUGUCGAAAAGCGGUUAAUGGAUUUGUUUUUCAAUCCGAAAUAUUCGCACAAGGACCAUUACAUUGGACCAUCCCAAGCAAAAGUACUCAGCAGGAAGAUAAUGAAUAUCAAACCGACUUCCAGCAUUGUUCGUAAGCCCCGACCGCUGACACAACUACCGAAUUUCAAAGCCAGUGAACAUCGUUCAAUGCUGUUGUACUACUUGCCGGUGUGCUUGCCUGGGUCGAUACCAAACAAAUACGUAAAACAUUUGCGGCUUUUCUCUGCGGCGGUGUACAUUUUGCUGCAGAGGAUGAUCACAUACGAAAACGUUGAUAAAGCGGAGGAAAUGAUGUGCUCGUUUGUGAAGCAGCACCAAGACCUUUUUGGAAAGGAAAGUAUGGUCAUGGUUAUCCAUAUAGUGAAACACAUAGCAGAGUGUGUUCGUCAAUUGGGGCCGUUGUGGUCGCACUCAGCAUUUGCCUUCGAACGAAACAACGGGUGCCUGUUAAAACUAGCUGUUGGGACCACUGAUGUCUUACAUCAAAUAUCGACAAAGUACUGUCUCGGAAAAGCAAUCAAUGUCCAGGAUGUUAAGGAUAAUCCAACCAUACAGAAAAAUCAAAAAAUUUUACUCGGAAAACCUGUGAAUGUAAAAGAGUUGUCGCGGCAUGUUUUCGACAUAAGUUCCUUGGAGAUUUUACCAUUUUCGAAUGUGUCGUUGUCCGUACAUAAACGAAUCAGAUACGCGAAACUGAUUUACACAAGUACAAUGUACACUAGACCGAAACGAUCGGUUGACUAUUUCAUCGGAUUGAAGAGCGGAGAAAUUGGAACGGCGAAAUACUAUUUUACAUAUAAUGAACGAAUCUGUGUCAUGUUGGAAGAAUAUGAAAUUAUCGAAAGUAUCAGUCACAUCGACAAGGUAUUAUCCACGAAACGAAUGAUUCUUGCUUCCGUCGAUGAAAUAGACAAAAAAUAUAUUUUUAUGACAGUCGGACUCAACAAGUACAUUGUUUGUCGCCCUAAUCCCUUUGAAAACGAGUAAAAUGAGUGGAAUGAGUUUAUGUAGAUGUGUAUCACUUGAAUAAAGAUAAACUUGAAUAUUUGCUGGUAUUUUUUCACACCACAUGAGUAUCAGCUGUAGUUGUUGGA